AUGGCGUAUGCAUUCGAGCAACCCAGUUUCGAUUGGGAGUCUAAAUAUUUGUACUUGGAAUUUACUCGAUUCCGACAGCAUGCUGAGCUCGUUUUCAAGGGUCCACUAUCACAAACAGAUGAUAAGAUAAGGGCAGGAUGGUUAGGCAUGUGGAUUGGAAAACAAGGGAGAGAAAUUUACAAAACAUUCACUUGGGAAGAAGAUGAAGAAGAUAAACCAGAAGCAAUAUUCGGCAAGCUUGAAAAUUAUUACCAAGACGCUGAAGACAUUUUAAUUGACUGUAUAAUACGUGGGGUGUACUAUCCUCGAGUUCAAGAGAAACUGUUAGAAAAAGGGGAAAGACUUACUCUAGCUCAAGCAUUAGAAAUAGGUAGACAGUAUGAGUCAUCCCAGCAACAAAUGAAGAUUCUAAGACCAGAAGUUGAAGUUUCCGCCAUUAAUCACAAGUCACAUAAGAGUAAGGAAAGCCAUGCUAGUAGAAAUCCCUCACAAGCCUCUAAGAGACAGGAACACGUACCUUGGAAGCAAAAUAACAAGAAAUGUGUGAAAGCUGAUUAUGAAAAACUUAGUCUUCACAAGAACUUGAACCAAACAACUAAAGUUCUUCGCUUCUACUCUAAUCACAAGAUCCGCCCAAUCAGAAAAGCACAGCUUUCAGUGGCAUACAAUACUACUCAGUUGCCAGUUGACUUUGAAGUAGUGGACAUAGACCAGGAAAAUGUCAUUAACGGUGAAGUUUCAGAGAAAGUUGGGCUCCUCCAUAGAGUCAGAGUAAACAAGGUAAACAGUGUAGAUGAUUUCACUGAACUUGCCAGGAACACAGGUACGCUACCAGGUAAGCAUACCAUAAAGAUAGACCCAACAGCAAAGGGAGUUAUACAUCCAGCCAGACGACAGCCAGCAUCACUGAAGCCACGCAUCGUAGAGAAAUUACAGGAAAUGGAAUCAGAUGGCUUCAUUACCCGAGUCCAUGAGCCAAAUGAAUGGGUCAGUUCAAUGGUUGUUUCAUUAAGAAAUGAUAAAGUGAGAAUCUGUAUAGACCCAUGUGAUUUGAACAAUGCAAUCAAAGGAGAGCAUCAUCCACUGACAACUAUUGAAGAAGUUGUAGCUAGUAUUCCAAAAGCCACAGUGUUUUCUGUGUUAGACGCCACACAGGGAUUUUUGCAGAUACAGCUUGAUGAGCAGUCAUCCUUUUUGACUACUUUCAACACUCCAAUUGGCAGGUACAGAUGGCUUCGCCUACCCUUCGGCAUUAAAUCAGCGCCAGAAAUCUUUCAGAGAAUCAUGGAUGAAAUGCUUGAAGGCAUAGAAGGUGCCACAGCUAUAAUGGAUGACAUAUUGAUAGCAGGCACAGAUCGUGAGCAUCAUGAUUCGAUUUUCAAGAAGGUUAUUCAGAGAGCUACUGAAUACAACCUAAAGCUCAAUUUUGAUAAGUGUCAGGUGCGUCAGCCCAGAGUUCAGUAUGUGGGACAUAUCCUCACAGCAGAGGGCCUGAGCCCAGAUCCAGAAAAAGUGCGCACAAUAACUGAUAUGACACCACCCACAGAUAAGGAUGGAGUACGAAGAAUACUUGGUCUUAUACAGUAUCUAGCCAAGUUCAUACCAAACCUGAGUCAGGUGGAUGCCCCACUGAGAGCAUUAUUGAAGAAUGAUGUGUCAUUCAAGUGGGAACAUGAGCAACAAGCAAGUUUUGAGGAACUCAAACACUUGUGCAGCACACCGCCUGUAUUAGCUUAUUAUGAUGUGAACAAGCCCGUAGAGAUUCAGUGUGAUGCAUCAAGAAGUGGACUAGGGGCAGUGCUAAUACAAGAUGGCCGACCUAUAGCAUACACGUCACGUUCUCUUACUGAUGUUGAAAUGCGUUAUGCUCAAAUAGAGAAGGAAAUGCUCGCCAUUGUCCAUGGAGCUAUAAAAUUCCACUGCUACAUCUUCGGUAAGGAAACAACAAUGUACACAGACCACAAGCCAUUAGAGAGCAUUCUUAAGAAGCCAUUACUGUCAGCUCCAAUGAGAUUGCAGAAGAUGUUGCUACGUCUACAGUGGUACAAUCUCAAUGUUGUAUACAGGAAAGGCAAAGAUAUGGUGGUAGCAGAUACAUUGUCGAGAGCAUACUUACCAGACACCAGUUCUGACGUGACAGGACUAGAUGAUUUAUGUUUAGUUGAUAUGAUCUCUGUGAGCAGCGAGAGAUACUCUGAUAUUAGAACAAGAACGCAAAGAGAGCUACAGCCUCUAUACAACACAAUUGUUCAAGGAUGGCCAGAUACACGUAGAGAGACACCUUAUGAAAUUAGAAAUUUCUGGGACUCCAGAGACCAAUUGUCUGUGUUUGAUGGUGUAAUCUACAAAGGCCUCAGAAUAGUUAUUCCACCGUCAUUACAAAAGUACAUGCUUAGCUUGAUACACGAGUCACAUCUUGGAGUUGUGAAAUGCAAACAGCGUGCAAGGGAAGUCAUGUUUUGGCCUGGAAUGAAUAUGGAAAUUGAAAACAUGGUGAGAGACUGCAUAAAUUGUUCUGAGUAUCAAAACAGGUUACCCGCAGAACCGUUGAAACCGACCGUCCCUCCAGAUCUACCCUAUACUGAAGUUGGUUGUGACAUAUUUUACUUUGGAGCAAAGAAGUACCUACUUCUCAUUGAUUACUAUUCAAAGUACAUUGAUGUUGUAGAACUGAAUGCCGCAACUACAACUGCUACAAUCAAUGCUAUAAAAUAUGUGUUUAGUUGUCAUGGCAUACCUCUUAAAAUCAGAUCAGACAAUGGACCACAGUUUAGUUCAUGUGAAUUCAAACAAUUUUGCAAAGUGUAUGAUAUUGAACAUAUGACCUCCAGUCCUCAGUACCCAGGUUUAAAUGGGGAAGCUGAGAGAGCUAUUCAAAUUGUGAAGAAAAUGUGGAAAAAAUGUGAUGACAAGUAUCUUGCUCUACUCAACUACAGAACUACACCUUUGGAAGGCAUAAACUUGUCCCCUUCGCAGUUGUUAAUGGGACGCAGACCUAGAAACACACUGCCUGCAGCUCGAAAUCUGUUAAAACCACAGGCAUAUAACCAACGAGAGGUGAAACGUCAUUUUAGCCAGGAGAAACUAAAACAGAAAUAUUAUCAUGAUCAAAGGAAAGGUGCUAAAGAACUAAAAGCUUUCAAUCCUGGAGAACAUGUGAGAAUGCAGCCUCAUCCAGGUUCAAAAACAUGGGUACCAGCCAUUGUUGUUAAACGUCAUACACAUCCAAGAUCAUACAUAGUGGAAGGAAAUGACCGUGUAUACAGACGUAAUCGUCAGCACUUAAGAUCAUCAACAGAAAAAGCACAUCACUAUAACCCUAAUUUUGUUGACUUGGAGCCAUGUAAUGAGCCAUUACAUUCACCUAUCAAGGAUCAACAUAUAGUACCUGAGGAGACAGUAACACCAACCCGAGAUCAGUGUAAAACACCAACAAAAACAGUGACACCAGCAAUUAAUACCCCAAGGAUUGUAACAAGAUCUGGUCGUGUGGUGAAACCGCCAGACAGAUUAAAUGUAUAA